AUGUGUUUAAGGGGAAAAGUUCUGAAAUAUCGUGAUAAACGUAAAGAAUUAAUAACAGACAUUGAAAAGGAUGAAAAUGAUGAAGAAACUUUAGUUGAAAAAAUACGUACACUAUUAAUUAUAAAAUCAACAUCCUUUAUUAAAACAGAUUAUUAUCGUGUUUGUAAACAAGCACAUUUAGAAGGUAUAGUCAAAAAAUUUGGUUUAAAACUAGAUAAAUUAGGAGAAAACCUUCAUGAAAAUUAUAAAAAGAAAAAUGAAAUUGAUCAAAAUCCUAUUGAAUCAUUAGCAACAUGUAAAGAAUUUAUUUGUAAACAAUUUCCAAAUACAUAA